ACAGCCUGCUUCUGCCCGUAUCCCACCGGCAGCGGUGGCAGUGGUGGUGGUGAUCGGCACCACUCCACCUUGCUCCAGCCCAGCUCCAAGUAUGUCGAGAAGAAAGCAGGCGCGACCACGCUCAUGCAAACGAAACCCUUAUGGAGAGGAAAUUGAUGAUGAGGAAACACAGAACUCUGAAUUGCUUGGAAGUUCAGACUCACAAUCCUUGGAUGAUGGAAAGCCUGAAAAAGUAUCCCCAACUAACAGUGUCAUAUCUACAAUGGCUGCUGAUAGCACUGAAGAUGAUACAAUGGGAGACUACACUUGCGAAAUGUGUAGUGCCACAUUUCACAGCUUAAACCAGUUUAUGAACCACAGAAACUUUGAAUGUCUAGGAGAACACUCCGAUGAUUUAGUUUGUGAUAUGGACCUGAGUGAGCCCAGUGGCUCUGCUACACCAUCAUCAUCUUGUUCAUUAGAUCAUGGUGGUCAGAGUCCAAGUGGCAUGAGUGAAUCUCCAGCUUCUCCAGGAGUUGAAAAUAUCUCUCCAGACCAGCUCCCUUUCAGCAUUGGAAUUUCUGAAACAAAUCCUUAUGGUUGUCCACAUUGUGACAAAGCAUUUCCUCGUCAUAGUUACCUGAAGCUACAUGAACAAGAGCAUGGAGAACUGAUGCCAUUCCGCUGCAGCUACUGCAGUCGCCUAUUCCGACACAAACGCAGUCGUGACCGUCAUGUCAAACUGCACACAGGGGACAAGAAGUAUAAAUGUUCCCAGUGUGAUGCUGCAUUUGCAAGGAGUGAUCAUUUGAAAAGUCAUUUGCGUACACAUGACACAGGAAAACCUUUCAAAUGCACUAUUUGCAACCGUGGAUAUACAACAGCAGCUGCUCUUUCUUCUCAUAUGUAUUCACAUCGGAAACCAAACAGCUCUGGUCAGAUGGAAUAUAAAUGUUACCAAUGUGAAGAGAUUUUUUAUCAGCCAAAAGACUUACAGAACCAUUACAAUGAUUGCCAUGCUCCUGCUCCCCUUCGUGAAAAAACUCUACAAUGUACUCAGUGCUCUGAAAUGUUUGUUAGCCAAGAACUUCUUGAUGUUCAUGUUGAACAAGAGCAUGUUAAAGAACAAAAACGUAAGUUUUCAACUCCAGACAAUAUUUCUGAUAUUGACAUUUUCCACAAAAAGUUGAAAACUCACAAUGAUGUCUCUAUAAAUAAGCAAAUGCUAUCUAACGCUAGUGAUUUAACUGUAAAAGAAAAUGGACUAGAUCUUAUGCCAGAAAUAAUGGAUUCUUCAUCUCUCUCAGACCCAGCCAACCGGGAAAAUGCCCUUGUUUGCCCCUACUGUUUACAAGACAAUUUUGAAUCUUUAGAACUGCUUGAAAUUCACAUGCAGUGUGUGCAUUCUGUAAAAGCAACUGAAGUUUAUACAUGCAAUUACUGCAAUGCACCAUAUCCUAACUUAUAUGCCCUCCAUGAUCAUAUGAAAGUUGUUCACCAAAAUUUAACCUGUAUGGAUAUCAAAUAUCCCUGUAGUUUAUGUUCUAGACAUUUUACAAGCAUUGAUGCAUUAGCAGAGCAUAAAAAACAUACGCAUAGCCAAGCAAGUUCCUCAAACCAUUCUCUCUACUGUGCAGAAUGUGCAUUACUUUUUCAAAACCCUAUGGAAUUCCAAGAGCACAUUCAGCGCUCCCACAACUGUUUGCAAGAUACACCUCGUCCUAAACCUCCAAAAUCAAAGAAAGUAAGUAAUGACACAAAGAAAGAUAUAAAACGCAUGAACUCCCAUAGUAUUUUUAAUAACACAAAAAAUUCAAGCCCAGCACCUAAUGAGAGAAUGGUUGAAGAGAAAAUGGUAUGUGACCAAUGUAAUGCUACAUUCCUUGAUAUUAAAAAUUUUCAAACCCAUCUGAAAAUUCAUUUGGACUCAGUGCUCACUCAAUACAUAUGUCCCCAAUGCCAAAAGCAGUUUACUACUGAAGACCAAUUAGAGAGUCAUUUGUCAUUACACUACCUCUGUCUUAGCACUGAGUAUGGCUGCACCAGUUGCAUGAAAACUUUCUCCAAACCAGAUGAACUUCAGAAACACUUGAUGGAUAUUCAUGCACAUCAUCUUUAUCGUUGUUCACUUUGUAAGGAAAUUUUUGAUUCAAAGGUCAAUAUUCAAGUCCACUUUGCAAUAAAACAUAGUAAUGAGUGCAAAAUUUAUAAAUGUACAAAAUGCAACUCAGUCUUUAUAUCAGAGGUUGAUUGGCAACUGCAUGUCAGAUCUGCACAUCUCCAAAUGCCAAAGCCACAUAAAUGUCUCUUUUGUAAAGAAGGUUUUACCACCGAAGUUGAAUUACAAUGCCAUUUAACCAUUCAUGGCAAGCCAUUUAAAUGCCCAAUGUGUAGUGAAGCAUUCCAUGUGGAAUAUUUGUUAGAUAAACAUCUCCAAAAUGAGCAUGACCCUGACAAAAAUUCUAAGCGAUUGGGUAACAGCCAAUCUGAUAUCAAAGUGGAGAAGGACAUUGGAAGUAGCACUUUAUUAAACAGUUGUGGAACUAUAGAUAUAUCAAAUUCAGUAACAUCAGGAAGUGGAAUUUGGAAAAGCACUGAUCCACUUCAUACAUGCAACAUCUGUGAUAUGAAGUUCAGCAAUUUAUCCUCUCUUCAGCUGCACAAGAAGCAAGACCACCGUGUUGCACUGGCUAAUAAUCACACCUCGCAAGUGAUGACUACUGUAGAGAGCAGUGUGAUUACAAGUAAAGUCAUAAGUUCAAGCAAUGACAAAGUAGCAUUAUCAUGCACAUACUGUAGUCAGUCUUUCAAAUCUAGAACUGAACUUGAACGUCAUAUGAAAAUUCACCUCAAUUCCAGCAGCCAGAAAUGCAACAUUUGUGAUGAAGUAUUCCCAUCACCAAAUACUCUAGCAGAGCACAAACUGCAGCAUUGCAAAAUUCCUCAAGGAAAUAUUUGUGUUGGUUGCAAAAUUCCCUUAAAAUCUGAAGAUCAGUUUUAUAUUCAUUCCCAAGAACAUGGCUUUCAGGGAGCUAUAAUGCAAUGUGUUAUCUGUAGACAAACUCUGGCAUCUAUGAUGGAACUUCAAAUGCAUGGAAAGCAUCAUUUCCAAACUAAACCCAACUUUUUCACCUGCUGUGUAUGUUUGCGAGGAUUUGAUUCCAAAGAAAAUCUUAUAUCAAAAUUGAAUAGUUCUGGUCGAACAUAUUUUGUUUGUAAACCUUGCUAUCAUGGUGAAACAUCUGACUUUCAUUGCAAUGAAUGUGGCGCCAGAUUCCCAACCAAUGAACAACUAGAAAGUCAUGUAACAAAGCAUCGGCGAACAUACCAGUGCAUCAAAUGCCAGCAAUCUUUCAGUACAGAAUAUGAAAUUCAAUUGCACGUUGCCACCCAUGUUCUGCAAGAAGGAAAUAUCCAUGAGUGCAAACUCUGUUCACAAGUUUUUGAUUCUCCAGCCAAAUUACAAUGCCACUUGAUUGAACACACCUAUGGCAAUUCUGAGUACCGCUGUAGUGUCUGUUGUAAAGUAUUCAGUAAUGCUACAGACAUACAAGCACAUGCUUUUGAGCAUGGCAUUCAUGCUCGCAAGUUUGGAUGUAUCCACUGUAAUCAACGGUUUUUCUUCAGUGCUGAAUUAGAUAACCACAUGAUAAACCAUGUGAAACCAGAAUCAAUAUCAGAGCUGCAGUGCAAAGACUGUCCACAGACUUUCUCAAAUAUUGUCAGCUUCAAUGCACACCGACGCAUACAUCAACAGCAGAUGGACAAUAGCACAUCCACCCCUAUUAAAUGUACAUUUUGUCAUGAAGUAUUCAAUGAUACCAGUGAACUACAGAAACAUUUCUUCACAUGUCACACUGAGCAAGACAUAGAACACUCAAUUAACAAGAGAAGUUAUCAGUGUUCCCAAUGUAAUAAAGAAUGUUCAUCUUUAGCCAACUUGCAGAACCACAUGAAGAUUCAUAAAAUAGAAAAAGAAAAUCAAAAGUCUCAAGUUCCAAAGACUCAGAUAGUUGAUGUAAAGCCAGUUUUGUGUCCUGUAUGUGGGCAAGUAUUUUCAAAGAGAAGUUUAAUGAAGGAACAUAUGAACACUGUCCACCUCGUACACCAGGAAAGCAAAGCAAGUACACAAGGUAACACAGCAUCAACAUCCACAACUGGUACAGAGUAUAGUGAUGUGAAUGGUGAUAGUCAGAGUUGUGCAAGUGAUGAAGCAAAUGAAAUAAACCACUCUUCUCCCCAGCAGACUGCCAAUUCUACAUCUCCAGUGUCUGUUAGUUUGGUCAAUAUGAAAAUGGAAAUUUGUGUCCCUGAAAACCAAUUGCAUCCUUCAAGUGAAGAUGACGAAAUAUUUAAUGAUGUCAGUCAUAAUUCACAGAUGAUUACUGACUGCAAGAUGGACAGCUCUGAAAACUGAAAAUUGUAUAUUUUCAUGUCAGUGACAUUACAGCUAUUGUAGCAUAUUCAUCUUCAUUAUCUAUAUUGCCAACAUCAUCUUCAUUACAUUGUUAUCAUUCUGAACAUGAGCAACAAUUACAACAAAAAAAUAUUCAUUAGAAAACAAUGACUCAAGUAACAAUUUAUUGAAAUAACUGCUUUUUGUGAGAAACUGAAACCAAUUUUGAAGUUAAUAGUCAUAUAUUAAGCAAUUAUACCAAUAUAAAAAAAAAAAAUAUUGAUCUAGUCUUAAUAAAAGAUGGAAUGAUCACAGCUGGAAUACUUUUGAUCAGUCAAGGCUGACCUGGGGUUAAACAAUAGCAACAACGACAACAUUGGCCCCUGAAAACAAGCAUAGAUUCUCUCCUGUUUUUCUUCUUCCUUUUGCAUCAUAAAACUGUUACCAUAUUAUUCAACAAUGAUUUCCUAAUGUGAAAUAACUACUUAUUUUUUAUCUGUGAUACUGUGAAGUCCCAAAAAAAAAAAAUUAUUUGUCAAGUCUUUUUUUUUUUUCAGCUGCUACCUGAAUAUUUUAUUUGCAAUUUAUAAUCCUUUGUUGAUUGAAAAACAUCUUUCCUGGAAAUCUUUUAUAUUUUCAUCCCUUUAAUCUGCUUGUAAAUAUAACUUAAAGCUUGAUUUUUGAAAAUAACUUGGUUUACUCUCAUAUUAUUGAGACAUAAAUGAGGUGGUUACAAACUCUUGUAAAUUAGAACAGAAUCACAAUGUUCUAACCCUUUCCACCAAAACGAAACUGGGUUAAAUAAACAUUGACUAAAGUUUUACUGUCAAAUAUUAAUUGGAACAAUACUGUUAAUCUGAGAAACCUUCACAAAACCUUUCUAUCACACACACACACACACACACUCUCUCUCUCUCUCUAUCUAUCUAUCUAUAUAUCUAUCCAUCUCACAUACACACACUUACAGGAAUGUGAUGUGUAUUCAUCAUAGUGUGAAUAAGAAGCAAAUUAUGUUUCUCUGCACAUGCACAUACACACACUAGAAUUUUCAAUGUGUAAACAAUCAUACUUUGUUGGUGUUUUCUUGGACCUGUUGUAAAAGUUAAACUAUGAUUACUUAAGCAAUGUACAUUCCAUGUCUUUGACAACCUUGCCAAUAUUUCUAUUCUUUGCCCUAUCAAUGUUAAUCAUUUAAAAUCAAAUAUUGUCAUCUACAAUGGAAAAGGAUUCUGGCCCAGUUAUUGUAUCAACAGAUAAGAAAGCCUGUAUUUGAUAAGAUUACAAAGGGAAUGUUUUUAGAUCAUUCUUUGUUCAUACUAGCAUUCUCAGACAGAAGUAGCCUAUUAGGAAAAUGGCUUUGUACUUAACAACAGUUAGGAAAUAUUUUGUAAAAUAUUCCAAGAAAAUUAUAAUUGUCACACAUCUUCAAAACAAGUGUUUAUUAAGGAAACAAAAUUGAAAUUGGUUAACAUGAUUCCACAUAUCAUUUUCUUUAGGACUUUCUAAAUCAUGUAUAUUUGGGAAGAAAGGAAUUAAUAUGAACAAAAAAUUGUCUAUGAAAGAUUAAAGUCUAGAUCCUAGAGAAAACCAGUUGAUGUAUUAUUUGAUAUAAAACAAAAACACUUAUUGUUUGCUUCAAAAUCAAAUAGUUUCCUAUCUAUAUGUUUAUUUAUGACUUGAGUUUAAUCAACCUUGAAACAAUUUUGUAUUAUUCUAUGAGAAAAUAAUGUUUAGCAAUCAUUCAUUUUCUAAAAGUCUUUUUCUUAAUAAUAAAUGAAAUUAGUUUCUUUUAUUGUUUUUGAUUUGUGAGAAAUGGUCUGUACCUGGCUUACUUUCUGAGUGUCAUUGUGGAAUUCUGUGUGUGCUCUUUUAGAAAUAGUUAAAUGUUUUCAAAUCUUUUAGAUAAUAAUUAUUGUGUAGAUUAUCCAUUACGCUGAUAUUUCAAAUGUGAACAAAAUUAUUCCCUUUGAAGUUUAUUUUUAAAGUGAUUUUUUUUUUAAUGUUAAAGCUUGUCACAAAAUAUAUUUUAGAAAUAUGUUUACAAGCUAAAAAAAAAAAAUUUUAAAGAAGUCGCCCAACCCCACCCAAGUCUGACAACUUUCAUAGUCCAGAUUUUUUUUCAAACACCAAAUUUUGUCCCUCAAGCUGAGGAUAUCUCUUUAAUGUCAGUGUGCUGCAAGUGGCUGCUAUUCAAACCUGUGCUCUUUGAAACCUGCUGGCAAUAUGCUGCCUGAGCCAUAUUUUAUUUAACCAGUUCUUUUGGCAUCUACAUCAUCUAUCUUACACCUCACUUCAAACCUUCGACUCUACUUUUUAUUUUUAUUAUAAUUGUAAAUACAUCUAGUUAUUAGAUGUAUGGGUGUAUAUGUGUAUAUAAAUCACCAUCUUAAAUGCUAGUAUGUCUAUGUCCACAUCUAUAUUUAGAUGUACAUGUGUAUGUUUAUUCAUCUGUUGGUUUUAUCCCACCAACUAACCACUGUCCAAACAGACCAGACAUAUCUAAAUGGUUUAAAUUCCUUGACUGGACAUGUCCACCAGGGGCAAAUAUAUCUGCCCUGGCCUUGUUCUUCACAAAAGUCAAAGUCUACUCUGUAGUUUCUGUUGCUGUUAUUGCAGUGCAAUAUGACACAAUGCCUGUACAGAAUGAUCUAGGUCUAUAAUUUGUCUGCUGAUUGAAUGAAAGUGUUCUGGUGUUUACUCAAACAUCAAAUGUAUUCAAAUAAAAUGAUGAAAUAAAUUGUCUGUUUUUUUUUUUAUUUUGUAUUAUGCACUCUGGAAAGUUUGUGAAUCCAAAAUUAUGAGAUCCUGUUAAUUGAAAAAUUUAGUUAGCAGAACUUAAAUCUAGUUGUCAAAAAUUGUAAAAACAAAAUGCUUCUACAUAAUUUUUUUUUCCAGAUAUUCGCUGUAAUAGUAGAGAGGAUGAGUUAUAGAACGGCAGUUAACAUGUUUGUUUACAAAUGUGCAGUGUGGAGAAAUAACUCAUUAACAAAACAAAGAAGAAUUUUCAGAUAAAAAUAUUAACUUCUUGACUAAUUUUAAAUGAAUUUUGGUUGAAUUAUUCUUUGAUAGUCUUAGUUUUGAUGAAAUUUUCUUUAACAUCUAAUAUUGAGUAUACAUGAUGAAGGAGUAAUAUUCCAUCAUAAAUCUGACCAUAAUGCAUUAAAUGCUAACCCUGUCAAUAUCAAUACCUAUUCAACUACUUCUCAUUCUGCUUUGAGGACUUACAUCUCACCUUCAUUCUGACAUCAUCAUCUUGCACUGAACUCUUCCUAGCUCUUUCAAUUGUUCUUGUUCUGGUUCUUCUGACACAGAGGUUGAAACCUUUCCAUCUCAAACUAUCUAGAUCAUUUAUUCUAUUUACCUUUCCAUAUUUGUUACCAAUAUAGUGGUUCUCUUAAACACCUUCCACACUUUUCUUGCCUGCAAACCUGACCGUUAUUUUGAUGUUCCAGUCUUUACAUCCUUAGAAUUGUUCAACCUUUGCCUAAUUGUGUUUUCCUGUACUACAUCAUGCCUCUGCCUCUCUGAACAUUCUAGUACUUUAAACAGAAUGGUAUAAGAUGUAGAUGUUUUGGUGUAGCUGUUUUUAGCAAUGACCUUUUUGACAAUGGACAACUUCGAGCUAAAGGCAUAAAGAAAGAGAGAGAUGCAUUGACAUGGGAAAUAGUUAAAAUAUGGUGUUUCCUCCCUUAAUAUUUUUGAUAUAUCAAAAGAAACAUAACUUUAUUUAGUUUUCCAUUUUGAUUGUAGUUUUCAUGAGUACAAUGUUUCAGUGCUGAAAUGGUUGAUACCAAAUGAGUUUAAGCAUAAUUAGAAGCACUGAACCUUAAUUGAAGUCAACUAAUUGGGCAACAAUUCAACAAAUACCUACAACAAUUCUACACUGAAAUAGUUAACAGCAAAUGUAUUUCAAUUCCAAUUCAUCCAAGAUAGCUAAGCAAAUAUGACUGUAACAAUAUUCUGCAAUGUUUAAGGCAGUAAGCUGGCAGAAACGUUAGCACGCCAGGGUCAAUAAAUUAAGUACCAGUUGGACCCCUCCUGCAAAAUUUCAGGCCUUGUGCCUAGAGUAGAAAAGUAUAUAUUUUAAGGCAGUGAGCUGGCAGAAACGUUAGCAUGCCAGGCGAAAUGCUAAGCAGUAUUUCGUCUGCCAUUACAUUCUGAGUUCAAAUUCCGCUGAGGUUGACUUUGCCUUUCAUCCUUUCGGGGUCGAUAAAUUAAGUACCAGUUACAUACUUGGGUCGAUGUAAUCGACUUAAUCCCUUUGUUUAGCCCCUUGUGGGCAAUAAAGAAAUAAGAAACGUUAGCACUCCGGGCAAAAUGCUUAGCGGUAUUUCAUCUGUCUUUACGUUCUGAGUUCAAAUUCCGCCAAAGUCAACUUUGCCUUUCAUCCUUUCUGGGUCGAUAAAUUAAGUGCUAGCUGUGUACUGGAGUCAAUCUUAUUGACUGGCCCCCUCCCCCAAAAUUUCAGGUCUUAUGCCUUGAGUAGAAAAGAAUAUUCUGCACUGUUUAUCCACUUCCUUACACAAGUGGUUCGUUCUCAAUUGUACUGCUUAAAGAUCUGGAGGAAUCUUCAAUAUCAGCUGCUAGUUACAUCAUCCCAACAAGUUAACCAGUGCUCACAGUGCUUCCUAUCACAUUUAAACAGUGUUGGCUCAUAUCUUCACCAAAGUUGUGUGGCUGAGAAGCUUGCUUCACAAUCAAGUGGCUUUGGGUUCAGUCCCACUGUAUGGAACCUUGAGCAAGUGGGUUGAACAAAGUCUUGUGAUUGGACUUGGUAGAUGGUAACUGAAAGAAGUCCAUCGUAUGUGUGUGUGUGUGUCUGCAAGUUUGUUGUGUUUGUCCCCCGCCAGUGCUUGACAACAGGUGUUGGUUUGUUUACAGCCCUGUAACUUAGUUCAGCAAAAGAGGGAAACAACAGAAUAGAUAUCAGGCUUAAAAAUAAGUACUGAGGUCAGUUUACUUGACUAAACCCUUCAGGUGGUGGCCCAGCAUGGCCACUGUUCAAUGACUAAAACAAGUAAAAGAUAAAGACUAUCACAAUCCAUGGAAACUACCCAGCAAAAAUUUGAUCUAUACGUGUCCAGUUAUAUUUACCUCAUCAUGCUGGGAGCUUACAAACGUUUUGAGUAUUGGCAAUCUUCCUUUUCUUUUUUUAUCUUUUAAUCAGGAGAGAAGGCAGUACCCAUGACCCAUUCAAGGCUUUCAAGAUUGGUGGGAUAGAGAGAAAAAAUUAUUUUCAAUCCGGAAACCUGACCUAAAGGCACCCAAAAUGCCAGGUGAUGGUGUUAAGCCAGACAGAAGUCAUGGCAUGAUUUGAACUCAGAACACAAGAUGAACAGACUAUAAGGCAUCUAAUCUGAUAUUCUUAUGGUUUUGCUGAUCCACUGCUCUGGAUUGGUACCUCUUUCUUUUUUAUUAUUAUUAUGGAUCCUGAAAGGAUGAAAGGCAAAAUUGUCUUGUCAGGAUUCGAACUCAGAACACAAAGAGGAGAACAAAUGCCAGAAAGUGUUCAAUAUGAUGUUCUAAGAACUCUACCAGUUCACUGCCUAAAUAUUAAUAAUCACUCUGACUUAUUAACUUCAUUACUAACAUUGCAAUAACUUAAGUAUUAAAUAAAACUUUUACCACCUUGGGAGUUUUCCCCCUGUUCUCACUUCUCACCUGUACACAUUCCAAAAUCCCAGUUGAACCAAAUAUAUAAGUUCCCACUAGCAGUAUUUUGACAAACAAUGUCUCAACUGUUUGUCUUGUAGGCCCCCUUUGCAAAUCUGCAUACCUAUUAACUUUAUUCAUCUCUUUCAUACAUGGAUAUGUCAGAUAAUUCAAUCACAGCUUGUUAACCAGUUCCUCUCCAGCUUACAUUUUAUUCAAUCUGGUAAUGUUGGCUUUAUCAUGUCACAUACAUUCUUCCUUUUUUCCUCAACAACCUACUUUCUGCUACUUCCAACCAAAUACACUUAUACAGAGAUCACCUUUCAUUCAUUGAUAACAUAUUGCAAGCAGGCAUCACCCAAAUGCAACUUAUACACCUUACACCUGACAUGUACCACUUCUAUGAACAGAGACUUUGGAAACACAUCCCUAUGAGACUUGUCACAGUCUACUGGAUGUGGCAUAUAUAUAUUUACUGACUAUUCAUUUUAACAUACAAUAAAAUGUUUAAGGUUUUGGUUAAUGAAAGUUUAUAGGUUGAUUGUUAUUAUUUAUUGACAAUAUCUUACAAAUAUUCAUAAUUCAAAAUGGCCACCCUCACUUUCACCAUAGCCCUUGAUCUUUUCUGUUAUUUUGUUACCUCACAAUUCUUUAUAUCAACCAUCAAUGCUACAAUUUGUUCAUAUUUUGUCUGAGCCACCAUAUUUAAUUAAAGGUAAACAAUAAAAAAAAGAGGGUUAGGAAGUUUUGUACAAUAUUUACAGCUAUUUUUGUGAAUAAGAAUGUUUCAAUUUAUGUUUGAAUAAUGGGUAAAUGUAUAUGCUGUACCUGGUGCUUAAACAGCACCUAUACAUUGUCAUCGUGGAGGCGCAAUGGCCCAGUGGUUAGAGCAGCGGACUCGCGGUCAUAGGACAGCGGUUUCGAUUCCCAGACCGGGCGUUGUGAGUGUUUAUUGAGCAAAAACACCUAAAGCUCCACGAGGCUCCGGCAGGGGAUGGUGGCAAACCCUGCUGUACUCUUUCACCACAACUUUCUCUCACUCUUUCUUCCUGUUUCUGUUUCUGUUGUGCCUGUAAUUCAAAGGGUCAGCCUUGUCACACUGUGUCACGCUGAAUAUCGCCGAGAACUACGUUAAUAGUACACGUGUCUGUGGAGUGCUCAGCCACUUGCACGUUAAUUUCAUGAGCAGGCUGAUCUGUUGAUCGGAUCAACUGGAACUCUUGACGUCGUAAGCGACGGAGUGCCAACAACAACAACAACAUUGUCAUCACAUAUACUGAGGUAACACAAUCAAAACAUUGUCGUCUCUGUUCAUGAAUAACUCAAGACUAAAACUUUCACAAACCAUACAUAUACAAGCCUUCAUGACCUAAGUUAUAACAUAUUUCCAAAACUGCAUUGCAAAGACGAUAUUCCAACUUUAAACCCAGUGAACACUUCAGUACUGUUUACUCUCAGAUCCUCUACAAUGCUUAAGUAUACACCCACACCAUAAAGUAGAGCUCAUGUAUCUAGGAUAAAGCAGCUACAAUACAUACAUAAACAAGACUGUAUCCAAAGAAAAGCCUGGUUGAUUGACAAACCUUCACUCACUAACAUUUUACAACUACUCCUUAGGACCAUGGUGGCUCAUGUAUAGGAAUUGCAGAACUGCAGCACCCCUUAUUUCCACUCAAUAUCAUCAAUAACAUUCAAUAUAAUGAAUCAUUUUUCUUUAAUUCUUUCUUUAUACUUGUACAUUAUAUAAUCCUUAAGCUUAAUGUCAGUAGCCAUCACCUAGUUUAUGAAAAAAGUACAAAAAUCCUUGUAUAGAACUGUGCACUUCACAGUCCCAGCAAUGCGGUGUUUGGCUGUUGUGCGCAUGCUCACAUGUCCGAGAUAGGAAGCUUCACACUAGGGAGAGAGAGCACUGCAUGAACGACAGUGCUGGCUGAAAGGUAGUGUUUCUUUUUGACUCCACGUGUGUUGUGCAUAAAAAUGUGUUUAUAUUCUUGAAUGUGAUAAAGUGUAGAAUUAGAUUAUUAUCCUGCUUCCAGCUUCAGUGUUGUUGCCAGGAUUUGAAAAAUAGGGCACAUUUCCACCGCCCCUUUAUUUUGUGAUUUAGAAGGUAUUUUUGAAAAACAAGGGGAAAUUCGCAUCGGUGUUCAGUGAACAAAUUAAACACACUACUCGGCAGUGGCUAAAAUGUGAACCAAUCAAGUUUAUGUAUAAAUUUUCUUUUUAUAUGUUUGAUGAUGAUGAUGUUUCCUUUUACACAACAUUAAAGCAAUGGCUAAAAAUUUUCUGUGCUGCACCCCAACUAAUUUUAUCUACAAGCUACCAAUGUUUAGGACACAUAAACUAGCUCCUCUCUAUUACCUGCAUUGUUACUACAAUAGUCCUCAAUCCUAUCCAAAUCAUCUGUAAAUCAGAGCAAAAACUGGGGCACUACUCUCUUCCUAUUGGAAUAAAAUGUGAAAUAUAAUCCUACUCAUAUGGUUAUACCCCAUAUAUAUAUAUGUAUCCUUCUAUAGAAAAUCUAUUGAGUUUAUACUUUACAGGAGCAGGUUUAGUUAGGGGAUGAAAACAAUUAUGGUUGUGAAAACAUUUAUUUCCCUAUCAUAGAAAUUUAGGUACAAUUUUCUAAUAUCAAUGUAUUUAUUUAACAGCAGUUGUUUACAAUAAAAAUGCAAGUUUUCAAGUGAUGGUCUGGAGAAAAUCUAGACAUAUACAAAUUAUCCAUUCUAUUUGCUUUCUCCUAUCUUUUGAAUUCACUAGCGCUUGAUGAUAUUUUUUACCAGCAUAAAAUUCAUAUAUGUCUUGUUUAAAUAUAUUUCUCUUCGCACGUUGAAGGCAACAAGGAUCCAGAUUAAAAUUAUCAAAGGAACAGCAAAAUCUGUUACGAUUGGAAAUAAAGUGGAGCUUAAGUUCUCACUGAAUUAAGAUGGUAUCAGUGUUUUAAUGUAUAUUAAGCUCAACGUUAUAUAACUUGGAAACAAUACUCCAGCAUAGAAGAUUAUUUUUAUCUGCCAAAAUGAAAGUAGGGAGUCUAGUUUAAGUUAAUGAAGAGGUCCAAGGGAAAUAACUCUUGAAACCAUUGCUAUGACAACAUCAAAAUAAAAAAAAUAAAAAAAUGAAGAAAAUUAUCGUGAAAAAAAUGCCUGUAUCUGGAAAUUUUCUAUCACAGGACUCUACACUACAAAUAAUCAAUGCUGUAAGUAAUGGAAAUGUUGCAGUCACUCGAAAGUUAUUACGAUCAGGAAUUGAUCCUAAUAUCCGUAAUGAUAAAAAUCAGUCAUUAAUCUGCAUCGCCAGCCGUGCAGGAAAUUUAGCAGUAAUAGACGAACUUCUUCAAAGGGGUGCCAAAGUCAAUUUCGCGUCUACCGAUGGUUGUACGGCUUUACAUGUCGCAACUGAAGCUAAGCAUGAAGAUAUUGUUAAAAGACUUAUCGACGCUGGAGCUUCAACGACAGCAACAACUUUAUCGGGUUUAAAGCCGAUUGACUUAGCGAAAUAUGAAACUUCAAUUUGGUAUGCGCUGAGAAAGGCUGAGAAUGAUGAAAAAGCUAAAUCCGAGGCAGGUUAUGCUCAGACGUCGACCGCCAGAAAUCGAAAUCACACACUCCGUCGAAGCUCGUAGAAAAAAAAAAAGGAAAAUUUCGAUAAAAAACACUUGGAAGGAAAAGAAUGAAUUUUCCAAUCAUUUUUGUCCAAUAUUUCGAGUAACAUCGGACUAAUGAGCCACAAAAUAUCUUGCAGUCCUUUAAUUCUGAGUUGGAAUCCCACUGAAGUCCACAUCGUCUUUCAUCAUACUGGGGGAAUUGAUGAAAUAAGUGUUAUAUACUUCAUAUACUUUUUUUGAAAAUCAUUAAUGAUCGGCAAAAAUCGAUAAUAAUGGUACUAAUCGUAAA